AUUCAGAAAUUGGAAGCAUGUCCCUGACGAACUAUGUCUUUCCAAGAUCCGGACACAGGGCGCACCCGUGUUGGCCAUUAUGAUCUCGCGAAUGCAUCUAUCCAACCAUUGGCCUUCUUGUCCGGAACGCCGCUAGACAGCAUCUACCAAGUGAUUGAAGUUGGCGAAUCCAACAUCAUCCUUUCGGGCAAAAAUUUACCGGCUUCCACUAUCAGGAUCUUGCCACCUUUCACCGGCCGCGAUAUUUUGUGUGUUGGCAAAAAUUAUGCUGAACACGCGAAGGAGUUCAAUAGCUCAGGUUUUGACAGCUCAGACAAAGUAGACACGCCGUCCCACCCGGUCAUUUUCACUAAACGUUUUACUUCUAUUAUCGGAGAUGGCGAAGAAAUCUUGCCGCAUUCGGGCUUCACGGAGACAGUCGACUAUGAAGGCGAGAUUGGUGUUGUCAUUGGCAAGGCUGGGUUUCGUGUCUCAGAAGAAAGCGCAAUGGACUAUGUAUGGGGCUACACAAUUGUCAAUGACGUGACGGCGCGUGAGCGUCAAAGGGAUCACAAGCAGUUUUACAUUGGAAAGUCCCCCGAUACAUUCUGCCCCAUGGGGCCGAUUGCUGUACCGGCGUCCAAGCUAGAUAAAGUACUGCAGCUUGAGACAUACGUCAAUGGCGAGCUACGACAGAAAGCCACAACAAAGGACUUGAUAUUUUCCAUUCCCCAUCUGAUCAAGACCAUGUCCGAAGGGCAAACACUCAUGCCGGGCGAUGUUCUUGCUACUGGAACACCUGCAGGGGUUGGUAUCGGAAGGAAACCACCAGUCUAUCUCAAGCCUGGUGACACUGUCGCCGUAUCUGUCAGCGGUCUCGGUACUCUGACAAAUCGCAUUGCAAGUCCAAACUCGAACAAUCCGACCAUCACCAAAGUUGGAAGCACGUUGUCUUACAUACAGCCUUGUAACGCGGCCAAGAGCGUCGACACCACGUUGCUUACAUACAUCAACAACAAACCACUCUAUUACAAAAGUAUCGGCAUACAAUCAAAAUCACCUAUCGUUUUCAUCCAUGGUCUUGGUGGCACCUCUGACUUCUACACUCCACUAAUCCAGUCUUUGGGCCUCGAAAUCACACACUCACUACAUUUGUUUGACCUGGAAGGCCACGGGCUCUCACCAUCCUCGCCACUUAGCAAAGUCAGCAUCGACUCCAUUGCCAAUGACGUCAACGGCAUAUUUAAGAAGGCGAACAUCACACCGGAUGCAAUACUUAUAGCUCAUUCAAUCGGAUGUCUUGCAGCUGUUCAGUUUGCACUGAUACAUCCAAACAAAAUAUUCAAACUAAUCCUGAUCGGGCCACCACCGUCACCUCUACCUGAAGCAGGGAGUGCGGGUGCUCACGCUCGAGCCCAGACGGUGCGGAGCAAGGGCAUGCACGCUGUUGUCGACGCUGUUGUCGACGCUGGUACUUCAGAAAAGACCAAAACUACAAAUCCGGUGGCAGUAGCAGCAGUGCGCAUGUCCUUACUUGGUCAGGACCCGGAGGGGUAUGCGAAGGGAUGCACAGCACUUGCGGAGGCAAAGGCGCUCGACUUUGCCGCGAUCCAGCCCAGAACGCUCAUUAUUACAGGAACUGAAGACAAGGUAUCGCCGCCUCAUUUGUGCGAGAAAUACUUGGAAGGGCUAGGAGAUAAGGGAAGUCUGCAUGUGGUGGAAAAUGUGGGGCAUUGGCAUGUUCUAGAGGACUUUCAAAGUACUGCGAAUGCUGUGAAGGUAUUUCUGUAG